AGCCCCUUUGGCAGGUUAGCAUGCUUGCUGAAUCCUGCCAUCUCGAGCCAUGGCCGCCAUGGCGCAGAUGUAGACCCUGAGAGCCUGAGGAAGAUGGAGCCCGCCCAAAUUUGCGUGGCCAGCGGAAGCUCGGAACGGCUGUUCGCUUGCCACGCCCCGAGCGUGUUGGAGCUGCAGCGCCAGGUCGCCGCCGUCUUUGAGGGGGUUUGGGCAAGCGCUUCGGACAUCCGCUUCGUUUGGCGCCACAAGAAUGGGGAAUCCCAGAUCUGCGACGAUGCCUCCUUUGCAAAGGCUUGGCAGACAUCGCGUUGUGAUCGAGGCGGAUCCUUGAAGCUGCGCAUCUGCGAGAACUCGCACCAGCUCUCUUCUGCGUUGGCGCCAGAUCGCACCUGCGGGCGCUGCGGCCAGGAGUUUUCCUCAAGGAACCAGCUCAUGCGGCACGUGCAGAGCCUGGGCCACUACGUGGAAGGCGCUCCAAAGAAUUCCGGAAAGAGCGAGGAACCCGAGGCGCCUGAGAAACAGGAAGGCUGCAAGGCCUGGGAUUUGUACUACCAAGACCUGCCAGACUUCUCGAAGAUCCGUGAGCUCAUGCGGCAGCCGCUGCCCCACUGCUUCAAACGCGUGCCUGCGAGUCCACUCAGCGACUUGGCCCUGGACAGGGUGCUGCAGCUCGAACCGCGCGCGCGGCCGGUGGUGGGCUUGGAGUGCUGGGCGCUGGACGCGGAGGUUCCUUCGGGCGAGUCUGUGUGGGGCCUCCUGCAGACAGCGCAGGACUGUGGGGCCCUCCAACGCCAAGAGGCCUCCAGCAUGGUACCAGUCACGCUGCUGGAGGUUGAGCCUCACCAUUAUGUAGCUGAUAUGUGCGCAGCACCUGCUUCGAAGACCUUGCAGCUGCUGGACGUGAUGAGUGCCGGAGCCAGACCAGGCGAAGUGGCGCCCGGGUUGCUGGUGGCCAACGACGACAACUGGAGCCGAUGCGCAAGCGCGCUGCGGCGCACGCAUCAGCAUCCCCAGAAUCUUCCUCUACUCUGGCUUUGCGGAGAUGCACGCGAAUUCCCUACGCUGCACGACCACUCUGCUGGCCGGGUACGCGGAGCCAGAAAGAUACGCUUCGACCGCAUCCUUUGCGAUGUUCCCUGCUCAGGCGACGGGCGCUUGCGCCGCAGCCUCGGGGCAUGGGCCGCCUGGCGCCCGCGGUACAUGCUGCAGAUGCACUACGUGCAAAGCGCCAUUUUGAAGCGAGGGCUCGCCAUGCUGAAGCCGCAGGGCCGGUUGCUGUACUCCACCUGCAGCAUGUCCCCGGUGGAGAACGAGGCAGUGGUGGCGGCUGCUUUGGAGAAGCUGGGCGGUCAGAUUCGCCUGCUGUCGGUGGAGCAGUGGCGACACGCGCCGGGACUCACAGUUUGGCGUGUUCCGCUGCCGGAUGGAUCCGGCAGCUUUGGGAGCGCAAAGGAGGUGGAGGCAGCGGAUCCCAAGCUGUGGUGCACCAAGGGCGGGCCGCUGGCGCCUACCAUGUUCCCGCCAGCGGAUCAGGAAGUCGCGGCGAGCCUGCGGCGCUGCGUCCGCAUCACCCCCUGCGGGGAUUUCGGCGGCUUCUUCUGCGCGCUCUUCGAGAAGGUGACGCCGGGCCCGGCCGGGCGGCCGGCACCCGAAGCCAAGGGCUCCGAAGUGGACGCCCGAGCCCAGGAAUCCAAGGCAGCGCGCGCCGAAGUCCGGGAUGCCCUCGGCCAUGGCAAGCAAGCCCGCAAGAAAGCCGAGGGAGCUGAGGAGCGCAAGUCUAAGGAAGAAGAGGAAGAUCAGGACGUGCAGCGACAUGGGCAGACCUUCAAUCCCAUACCUCCCUUGCUGGCUGCAGCUCCAGCCGCGCAGCUUGAAUGGCUGAUGAGUUGGUUCGGUCUUAUUCCUGAUGCUGCAGAGGCUGAGAAGCUGGGAGUUCGCCGUUUCCCGGUGGAGCUGCUUCGCGGGGAUCCGAGCCUCAAGGACGGCAUGAUUCUUGGGAGCACACCCAUUGGCCGAUUGGUGCUGAAGCACGCGCGGCCUCGAGUCAUGGCCGCUGGCAUGCCGCUGCUGGCUGAUUCGGGGGCCGAUUCGGAGCACCCGAGCCGCUUCGACGUUGCACAGGAAGCUGCUCAUGUCCUUGCCGCCUGCGCCACAAGAAGAUGUGAACGCGUUGGCUGGCCGAGCUUUGCGGCGAUGCUGCGGGGAGAAGCCGUUCUGCGCGAGCUGGCGGCAGGGCCUCUGAUCGCGGUGUUGCAUCCUGACUCCUCACCACGGCUGGUGGAGGAGCAACUUUGUCUUGCAGGCCGUCUGACCUCAGCAGGCAUGGUGGCGACAGCCAGCAGCACCCAUCGCUACAGCAUGCUGCGACUCCUUUCGCCCUGAAUGUCUACCGAUAUCUCGCGCGCUCGAUCGGGUUUUUCGGCGCGGAACCCGCUGGAGCUCGCCACCUGCGAGGGAAGGGGCAGAAAUGGGUUGGACUGCCUUCUUAUUUUCGCAGAGGACAUCGCUGAAGGUGGAUCCGUUUCCGAGCACAAGGACCCCUCUGGAGUGCAAUCUGAGAGAUCCGAGGGCAACACCUGACAGCCCUCCAUGGCGAUUGGAAAGAGAGUUGGCGUGAGGACGCAUCGCAACUUUGCCA